GGGCGGAGGGGGCCCGCAGCCCCGGGCGGGGGCUCGGCGCGGGCCCGCGAGAUGCCGGUGUCGGCGGCCCGAGAGGCUGCAGCUGCAGCGGCGGGGGAGGAGGCGGCAGAGGCGGUGGCUGUGUCCGGGAGGGGGGCGGCGUGGGGGGCCGGCGCGUAGCCGGGACUAUGGAGGGGCAGAGUGGCCGCUGCAAGAUCGUAGUGGUGGGGGACGCGGAGUGCGGCAAGACAGCGCUGCUGCAGGUGUUCGCCAAGGACGCCUACCCCGGGAGUUAUGUCCCCACAGUGUUUGAGAACUACACUGCCAGCUUCGAGAUCGACAAGCGCCGCAUUGAGCUCAACAUGUGGGAUACUUCAGGUUCCUCCUACUAUGACAAUGUCCGGCCUCUGGCCUACCCAGAUUCCGAUGCUGUGCUCAUCUGCUUUGACAUUAGCCGGCCAGAAACACUGGACAGUGUCCUCAAGAAGUGGCAAGGAGAGACUCAGGAGUUUUGCCCCAAUGCCAAGGUGGUGCUGGUUGGCUGUAAGCUGGACAUGCGGACUGACCUGGCCACCCUGAGGGAGCUAUCCAAGCAGAGACUUAUCCCCGUCACACACGAGCAGGGUACUGUGCUGGCCAAGCAGGUGGGAGCUGUGUCCUACGUUGAAUGCUCCUCCCGGUCUUCCGAGCGCAGUGUCAGGGAUGUCUUCCAUGUGGCCACAGUGGCUUCUCUUGGCCGUGGUGGCCAUAGGCAGCUGCGCCGUACUGACUCUCGCCGAGGACUGCAGCGAUCCACUCAACUGUCUGGACGGCCAGACAGAGGAAAUGAGGGCGAGAUGCAUAAAGAUCGAGCCAAGAGCUGUAACCUCAUGUGAGGGGUUGCAGUGUGGCAGAGAGGGAAGAGGGCUAGGUGAGAGACACCAUUGUUCCCCUGUGCACUCCUGGACUUUCUGACCUCCUGAUCCUGGCCGGAAGGGCAGGGCAGGCAGAGGAGCAAUUCUGGUUGAAGGAAGCUACUUCCUUAUCCCUUUCCCUGCUGCUAGCCGAGAGAGCUAACAGGGUAGGCAUCGGAGGCAUGAACUUGGAUAGGGCAGGUAGGUGUUCGGGAAACCAGACAAUGACUUUGGUUGAGUCUCCUAUAGAAAGUGUAUCUUCCUUGCUCACCCUGGUCCCCAUAUCCCCGUCUGCCUUCCCCGAGGAAAGUGUCCAUCUUCUCUUUGUCUCUCCUCUCACUUCUCACAUCUGUUCUCAUACCCGCUAACCUUUCAGGCAACAUGCACUAAAUUUUAAAGCAAGAAGUUCUUUCCUCCCAUCAACCCACCAACCAGUUCGAGCUCCCCCCCCCUUCCCCAGCAGUCCGCAAAUAAAAGCCCAUGACCAUGGAAAACGGC